AGCGCAUGCGCAGAGCGGAGGAGCAGCGCGGCUCCGGUAGCAGAGUCCAGGCGGUCUGAGGCUCCAGUCGUCCUGACUUCCUGGUUUUAAUGACUUCCAGUGAGUCCCGGUUGUUCAGCAGACGGCUGCCUGUCCACUGACGUCCCGCUGGAUAAAUGCUGGACCUGUGAAGCCCCACUGGCUCCUCUUACCUGGCUAACACCGGUGUCCGGCAGCCCGCACGGUUCUCGGUAGGUUCCGGUAACAAACCGAAGCAGGUUGAAGGAGAACCGGUCCGGUUCCGGUUUGUCUUCAGGAUCAGUUGGGGGUGAACGCCUGUGUGGACGUGGUUGUCUCUGGGGUGGGACUUCUGCAGGCGCUGGCGCUGGAUCCUGGAGCGGGCCUGGACCACGACGUGCUGCGCUCCAAGGAGGACCUGAAGGAAGCCUUCGUUCAUUUCAUGGAGCGAGGAGCGGCUGCAGAGCGCUUCUUCAGCAACGAGGAGGUGUUCCAGAGCAUCGCACGUGCAGCUGCAGAGUACCCCGGUGCGAAGCUGUACGUGGGAGGAAACGCUGCCCUCAUCAGUCAGAAGUUUGCAUCUUACCCUGACCUGAUGGUUCUGUUAUGUGGACCAGUUGGUCCUAAACUCCAUGAGAUGCUGGACGAACAGAUCGUGGUUCCUCCAGAGUCUCUGCAGGAGACCGACGAGUUCCACCUCAUCCUGGAGUAUAAAGCAGGUGAACACUGGGGUUCCACCCGGGCCCCUCAGGCUAACCGCUUCAUCUUCUCCCAUGACGUGUCCAACGGAGAGAUGAGCUCACUGGAGACGUUCGUGGCCAGUCUGGACGAGUUCCAGCCUGACCUGGUGGUCCUGUCAGGGCUCCACAUGAUGGAGGGUCAGGGCAGAGCGCUGUGGGAGGACCGCCUGAAGGAGGCUGUGGCAGCCCUGGCUGAUAUUCCUAAAGACGUUCCAGUUCACCUGGAGCUGGCCAGCAUGACGGACAGAGACUACAUGAACAGCAUUCUGCAGGAGCAGGUCAUGCCCUCUGUCAGCUCCAUCGGACUGAACGAACAGGAGCUGCUCUUCCUCUCUCAGGCUGGAUCAGGGCCUCACGCAGGUCUGCACACAUGGAAGGGCAUCCCGGACGUGGGUCGGGUCAGCGACAUCCUCCUGUGGAUCCUGGAGCAUCACGGGCGCAGCGACCCAUCUUCAGAGUCGGACCUGACUCGUAUCCACUUCCACACGCUGGCCUACCACGUGCUGGCCACUGUGGACGGGUACUGGACCAACCAGGUGGCAGCGGUGGCAGCAGGAGCGCGGGUGGCCAGCAGUCAGGCUUGCGGCCUCCAUGCUGUGGCUGUAGACAAAGUGGAGCUGAAGGCCCCGCAGGAGUUCUUCAGCUCCCACUCAGAGCCACGACAGCAGCUGACCCUGAACCCAGCAGAGCCCGUCUCUGUGUGGCACCGAGGCAACAUCACCUUCCACAUGACCCCGGUGCUGGUCUGCAAACACCCCCUGAGGACCGUGGGGCUCGGUGACGCCAUCUCAGCAGAGGGACUGGUCUACUCAGAGUUCCAGUUUCAGCAGCACUUCUAAAGUCUGCCACUGGACCUCCUGGAUCCCAGGUUCUGAACAAGUCCUGAUUCAGGUCCUUCAUCCCAAAGAUCUGCUGUCCAUCCAGCCUGAUGACAACCCCCCC